AUGAUAUUUGGCAAUAAAUUUCCGGCAAUGGAAUCUGUAAGUUUACCAUAUGCUAAUGGUAGCUGUAUAUCUGGAAUAAAAAUUUGGUCACCGAAUUUGCAGUAUGUCGAUAUCCAAUGCUGUAAUAAGUCGAUGUUCUAUCCAUUACUUGACAACUUGCCAAAUUUGAAACGUUUUAACUGUGGACUCGGUACAAAUAAUUCAGGAUCGUUGAAGAAUCGAAAUUUACCACUAGAACAGUUAAAUGUUGACACUUACGACAGAUCAUCGGCAAGCUAUUGUGGCUCAAUGAUGAGUCUUGGAGAACUACUCGAUGUAUAUCAAUGUAUGCCCAACUUAGAACGUACUAUUAUCUUCAUUUAUGACGGAAGUCCGCUUGGUCGUAUCAUGGAUCAGUUUAAUCGUGUUCUAUCGAAUUGUCCAAAGCUAAAGACAUUUGAGUGUCACAUUGAAAGUUUCGGUGAGAUGGAAAGUUCAGAAUCUGCCGAUGAAAUUAAGAAACGCUACUAUCUAUUUCAAGACUCCUGUGUGUUUGCGUGCAAAACCCAAAGAGGAUAUUUACGUGGAAUAAAAAUGUCACGAUAA